AUGGGCUUCGCCUUGAAGAAGCCGGAUGAUGCGGUUGGCUCUGCGACUCCAGCCAUCAUCAUCGGCCUGUUUGUUGCAUUUGGUGGUGUUUUAUUUGGAUAUGAUACCGGAACUAUUAGUGGCAUUCUCGCCAUGAAACAUUGGCGAAAUAUGUUUUCCACUGGUUACAUCAACCCCGAUGACCAUUUGCCCGAUGUCACAUCCUCUCAAUCCUCGAUGAUCGUCUCCCUCCUCUCCGCGGGUACAUUCUUUGGUGCUCUGGGUGCCGCUCCCAUUGCUGAUUACUUUGGUCGCCGGAUCGCUAUGAUUGUCGAGACAUUUGUUUUUUGCAUUGGUGUGAUUCUUCAAACUGCAUCAACAUCCAUUCCUCUGUUCGUAGCUGGGCGGUUUUUUGCCGGUCUCGGUGUCGGUCUCUUAUCUGCAACUAUCCCCCUUUACCAGUCCGAGACGGCUCCCAAAUGGAUCCGAGGAACAAUCGUCGGUGCUUAUCAGCUUGCUAUUACAAUCGGCUUGUUGCUGGCGGCUAUUGUCAACAAUUCAACCAAGGAUCGAAAUGAUACUGGCUGUUACCGAAUUCCUGUCGCAGUUCAGUUUGCCUGGGCUAUCAUCCUGGUCGUUGGAAUGCUCAUUCUGCCAGAGACACCCCGGUUUCUUAUCAAGAAGGACAAACAUGAGGCUGCUGCGAAGUCUCUUUCCCGUCUUCGUCGCCUGGAUAUCAAUGAUUCCGCCAUUGUUGCAGAGCUGGCCGAAAUCCAGGCCAAUCACCAGUUUGAACUGAGCCUGGGUAAGGCAACCUAUCUGGAGAUCAUGCGUGGUUCCAUUGGAAAGCGUCUGGCAACAGGAUGUGCUGUUCAGGGUCUGCAACAGCUAGCUGGUGUCAACUUUAUCUUCUACUACGGGACUACGUUCUUCCAAAAUUCUGGUAUCCAGAACUCGUUUGUUAUUACCUUGAUCACAAGCAUCAUUAACGUUCUCUCAACCUUCCCGGGUCUUUACAUGGUGGAGAAAUGGGGCCGUCGACCAUUGUUGAUGUUUGGCGCGGUUGGCAUGUGUAUCUCCCAGCUGAUUGUAGCCAUCGUCGGUACCGCAGCGACGUCAGAUGUGGCCAAUAAGGUGUUGAUUGCCUUUGUUUGCAUCUACAUCUUUUUCUUCGCUUGUUCUUGGGGUCCCGUUGCCUGGGUUGUCACUGGGGAGCUGUUCCCUCUCAAGGCUAGAGCCAAAUGUCUUUCAAUCACGACUGCCACCAAUUGGUUACUGAAUUGGGCCAUUGCCUAUGCUACUCCCUAUAUGGUGAACAACGGCCCUGGAAACGCUAACCUUCAGUCGAAGGUUUUUUUCAUCUGGGGUGGAUUUUGCUUUAUCUGCGCUAUCUUUGUCUACACUUGCAUCUAUGAGACCAAGGGUCUCUCCCUAGAGCAGGUGGAUGAGCUUUACGCAAAGAUUCCCUCUGCAUGGAAUUCGAGCAACUUCGUUCCAUCUGUUCAUUAUACCGAUGUUCGGGAUGUGUCUGACUCCAUGUCUGGCAACCUCACCCAGCUCGAGACUCAAGCCAAUGAAAAACGCAGUGGCGAGGAGGCAACUCAUGUGGAAAGUAUUAGCGUGAAGGUUGAUGUUUGA